UCCGAUUGUCUUUCUCCAUUCUUGCGCUGGAUGAGCUUUCUUCCGGGCUUUUGAUUGGUUGAUCCUGUGAUUGUAUGUAAAUCGGGUCGGGACGCAGCCAGCGGGUGAGGUUGGGGCUGUGCCUCUGUGGCACAGGAGACUAGACAGAGGGUUUGACCGCUGCUUCUAACGGAGCCGUCCACUUCUCCGGUGGUGCUGAAAGUCAGGGAUUUGCUCUUCGUCCCGGAUAGUUGGUGUUAUUCGAAAAGGAAUUACACACUUUCCGCUUUUAAACUUCCCCGUAAGGACUACUGUUUGGAUUUCGAGUUACAAGCAGUGGAUUUGAUCAGAGCGGUUCGUCAUAUAGUUGUUGUGAACUACGUCUCCUGAUCUCGUUUGGAUUAUCCUUCUGGAUGGUUUGCGUCUGUACAUACAGGAACACACCAAUGAGGACACAUGGAUGGAGCUCGCUGGCUUUUUUGUUGGGAGUGGCCUCCUUUGGAAUGGAAGUGGGAGUCGUUGAUGGUAGGCCCGACAAGGAGGGAUUUGGGCCGCCACCCUAUCGACCUGUUGUGAGGUUCCGACACAAGGAACCUUCCAACAGCCAUGAACAAGGAGUACCACCAUUUGGGCUCAGCAGCUGGAGGGAGAAAGCGUCUUCAACAGUUUGGGCACAGGAUGGGAUCCCUGGGAAUUUGCGGAUAAAGGGGUUUCCGGGCCAUAACAAUGGCUUCCAGAGUCCCUGUGAGCACAAGUACUGUGGCCUGGGGCGUCACUGUGUGGUCGACCACGUGACCGGUCAAGGGGAGUGCAACUGCUUGGACCGCUGUAAACCCCAUUACAAACCAGUGUGUGGUUCGGAUGGCAAGCUGUACCAGAACCACUGUGAGCUUCACCGGGCCUCCUGCCUGGAUGGACAGAGGAUAACCGUCAUGCACAGUGAGGAAUGCUUCUACAAAGAUGACAACUGCAGACUGAGUGACUACCGAAGGCUGAAGACCAAAAUUCUGGACCUGCAUGAACAGAGAUACAUGGCAGCUGGUAACCGUGCUGGCCACAAAGACAACAUGGCCAUGAGGAAGAAGCUGGUUGACAUCAUCUUUAAGCGCUUUGACACAGACGGUAGUGGCCGAGUAGACAGCAGUGAACUCUCACAGGUGAUCAAGCUGGAAGGUCUUUCAAAGGAUGCUUCUGACUGCACACUGUUUGACCUUCUCAAAUACAAUGACAUCAACGAUGAUGAGCACCUGACAAAGGAUGAGUUUUAUACAGCUUUUGAGGUGUUUCAGCUCACCCUGCCCGAUGACCAGAAAUUGAGCAUCACCAAGGUAACCGUUGGCCAGAGUGCUGUCUUGAGUUGCGCAAUCACUGGGGAGCAGAGACCUCCCAUCAUUUGGAAACGCAACAAUCAGGUUCUCAACUGGCUGGAUCUGGAGGACAUCAAUCAGAUCCCAACAAAGGAUUUCGGAGACGACGGUUCAUUGUACUUCACCAAGGUGACCACAAACCAUAUGGGGAACUACAGCUGCCAUGCCGACGGGUAUGAGGAGCUCUUGCAGACGCACGCCCUCCGGGUAAACGUUCCUCCUGUCAUCCGGGUCUACCCAGAAAGCCAGGCCCGGGAACCAGGGGUGACGGCCAGUCUCCGCUGCCAUGCGGAGGGGAUCCCCAACCCACAGCUGAGCUGGCUGAAGAACGGCAUGGACAUCACUACCAAGCUGUCCAAGCAGCUCACCCUACAAGCUAACGGGAGCGAGGUGCACAUAAGCAACGUCCACUUCGAGGACACGGGGGCGUACACCUGCAUCGCCAGGAACAGCGCCGGGGUUGACGAGGACAUCUCCUCCCUGUUCGUGGAGGACUCGGCACGCAAGACCUUGGCAAACAUUCUGUGGAGAGAGGAAGGUCUGGGGAUUGCCAAUAUGUUUUAUGUGUUUUACGAGGAUGGUAUCAAAGUCAUCCACCCAGUGGCAUGUGAGAUCCAGAGACACAUAAAGCCCAGUGAGAAACUACUGGGACUUCAGGCUGAGGUUUGCCCCGUGUCAGCAGGGGAGGCCGAGCAGAAGUGUGUGUGGUCAUCGGCGGUCAACGUGAAGGACAAGUUUAUUUAUGUCACACAGCCAACCUUGGCCAGGGUACUUCUGGUCGACAUUACUACUCAGAAGGCCGUCCAGACGGUGAGCACAGACCCAUACCCAGUGAAGCUGCACUAUGACAAGUCCCACGACCAAGUGUGGGUCCUUAGCUGGGGAGACAUGGAGAGAAACUUCCCAACUCUGCAGGUGAUCAAUCAGGCCAGCGGGAGUGCAUCCCACCACACCGUCCACACCCAGCCGGUCGGCAGACGCUUUGAUAGGGUGGAUGAUUUCUUCAUUCCUGCCGCCAGCCUCAUCAUUAAUCACAUCAGAUUUGGAAUUGUCCUCCACAGAAAUGAACCAGCUCUCCACAAGAUUGACCUGGAGACUACUUCAUCAGUGAAGAACAUCAGCCUAGCAGAGUACAACUGCAUCCCCAAGUCUCUGGCUUACACUCACCUGGGCGGCUACUACUUUGUCAACUGCUGGCCUGACUCCACAGGCGCCACCCGACCCCAGCUCAUUGUGGAUAGCGUGAUGGACUCUGUGGUUGGACCCAAUGGGGAUGUCACCGGCACCCCGUAUGUGUCCCCAGACGGUCACUACCUGGUCACAGUAGACGAUCGCGAUGGUCUGAUGAGGAUCCAGCAGAUCACAGUGCACUGGGAGAUAGGCCAGCCCUUCGACAUCCACACCAACCUUCAUCUGUCGGACGUGGCCUUCCAGCCGUCCUUCACCGAGGUCCACCAGUAUAACAUCUUUGGAAGUUCCGGACGGCAGACAGAUUCUCUGUACGUCGAGCUGAGCACAGGAAAUGUUAAGAUGAUCAAAAGCCUUAAGGAGGCCAUCAAGACACCCGAUUGGCCGUGGAGUAAUAAGAACCGCAUGAUGACUGGCAGUGGACUUUUCGGACAGUACCUGAUAACCCCGUCCAGGGAGUCUGUUUUUAUCCUGGAUGGUCGUCUAAACAAGCUCAACUGCGAGAUCACUGAUAUUGUCAAAGGCAACGUAGUGGCGUGGGUUGGUGAGUCGUAGGCCGGUCUACGUCCAGACUCAACCCUAUGUUAGAUUAUUAAGGUACAGUUGCACUGAAUUAGGUUGCGGAUAUAUCAUUUAUUGGAUGUGAUGAAACACGUACGCAGUUUUCAAAACCAAAUAUUGAAUCGUUCAAAAAACGUAUUGGACCUUGGGACCUUCAUUCCAAAAAAUAGGGAGUGAUUUAUAAAAUGUUUUGUUUGUUUGCUUGCUGAGUCUUGGUUGCUCUCCAAGAUCUUCUAGGUGAUCUCUGUUGAAAUUAGCUGCACAUUAGCAUUUUUGUUUGAUUGCAAGUCUCGCUAAUUCAAAUUGAUGGAGAUUUUUCUAUAAUCAAUUUAACUGUGGUUCUGCUAAAACAAGGGAGAAAAGAUUUCUAGACUAUCCGCCUCAGUAUCGUCUACCCCGUUUUCUCUUUUUUCCUGUGCCUUGAAGGAAAACACUCCAAAUGAAGAAUUAAUGUAAUUAUUCCCGUUGCGGCUGCAGAUUACACCUUGUUCUAUUUGACCUUGCUUCAUGGUGAGAGAUUCUCCAAAAAUCCAUGUUUUGUCUUCUUUUUUGUCUCUGACUUACGUGGAGUCCCAUUCUGGGCUAAUUAAAAUGAGCUCUUGCUGAGAUCCCGUCUCGUUUGAAGUGGGGACGAGAUUGAGUUUGGAAUCCUGAAGUAGUGCUGCUUGGGUCACCUUUGGUCUCCGAGAGUCAUAAACUGAGCUAAUGAUUUGAAUAUGAUUUGGACUCAACAACAAUGUUAAUGAAUUGAUCUAUAUAAAUAUUUGUGGGACAAAUUAUUUAAUGUUUCCUACUAUGAUUCACAUUUGGUCAAUUUGCGUGUGUUUAUAGAGAGAAAAAAAAUCAGAUUUGAAAAAUAUUCCCAACACAAAAAUAGUCAUCAUAUACUGUACAACCCGACUGAAUGUACUUGCAUUAUUGUCAGUUAAUAAUUUUGGCAAUGUUUAGCAAAUGCAUAAUGAAUAUUACAGUGAAAGAAAGAAGGAUUUGUUUAGUGGGCAAUUUCAUAUGUAGACAAUAGAGGAUCUUUGAGUUGUGUGGGUCUAGUGAGUAUAUAUACUGUAUAUAUAGUAAGAGACCUUGGUCUAUAAGCUUCAAGUGAGAGUCACAUUUCUUUUAAAAUGUAACAUGGUGGAGCAUAGUUGGGUAAAUCAGUUGUACCUAUGAAACCUGGCAAGCACAUGUCCUAUUGUGCUUAGGACGCAUAAUAAUUCCUUGUAAUUUCCUUGAAAGGACACAUUCUAUGCAUUUUCACCAUAGCACUCUAACACAACAACUAAUCAUUUAAUCUUGUAUUGUUCAAAUCAGAUGUUGGACCCUUAGUUGUAUUGUAGACAAGCCCAUUUUAUUUUCCCAACUGAGAGCAGACAUUUUAUAUAGAUUUGUUUAUCUUAAUAGUUCUGUUUGGUCAUUAUAAUCUCAAUGUAUUUUCUUAUUUUUUUCUAUCACAUUUAGUUUGGUCUUCCCCCUUGAAUAUAGGACUGUACCUGUCAAUUUUCUUAUUGGAUUAUGGAGAGUUGGCUAAGUUCCCUAACAUGUUUGUUUUCACACACCAUUUGAGGGCUCUUUUCAUCAUUUUGAGUAAAUACACCCCCUCCUUUUUAACAAGCGUCAACAGCACCACUGUCAUCUUGCUAUCCUUGACCAAGUACAUUGUGAUUUCACCUACAGAGACGUUGUCAUUUCCAUUAUAGCCAUGUACUGUCUUAUGAUUCAUGUGGUUGUUAUUUAUGUAGAGAAUACGCGCUUGACAUUUUACCUGACAAUAAAGUCUAUACCUUCAACAGUA